GGUUACUGUGCGCUUCAGUCGUUGCUGUUACGCCAUUGUGCGCGGUUCGCUCAUUCAUUCCAAAGGCGGGUGAAUAUUAAUUUUCGCUGACUUUUGCGUGUUCACUAGUCCGUCUGGCCCAUUCGUGCGAGUAACUUUUGCCGUAUAUGUGUGAUUUUCUGGUGGUGUAAAUUAAUUUAAUUAAAGAAGCGUAUUUCAAGUAUUGAAUUUUCGUACAAAUUACGCGUUCGAAUAUACUGAAAAGUGUCUGCUGCAAUCUAUAUUAGCUUUGUUUAAAAAGUUUUGAAAAAACAAAAUUAAUUUUGCUAAGAAAAAUUCGCAAUGAAUUGGAUUGUCACGGUUGGACCGGCAGUAGCCAUCACGCUGAUUGCUGUGUUGGUGACGAAAGUCGGCUGGCGUUGGUUUUACAUUGCCGCUGUAACAUCGAAGCGUGAUUUGACCGCACUCUGGGCCUACAUCAAGCUACUGCGUUUAACCAAAAAAUAUGAACGUGAAAAUCUCACAAUCGCCGAUAUAUUCCAGAUGCAAGUCAAACGGAAUCCGAAUAAAAAUGCCAUAAUCAGCGAGACACAACAAUGGACGUUCCGUCAAUUGGAUGAAUUUUCCAAUCGCGUUGCGAAUCUCUUUCAUGCACAAGGUUUUCGCAAGGGUGACGUCGUGGGCUUGCUGUUAGAGAAUCGUGCUGAAUUCGUUGGCAUCUGGUUGGGUCUCUCCAAAAUCGGUGUGAUCACACCACUGAUAAAUACCAAUCAGCGUGGUCCAUCGCUUUUGCACAGCAUUACUGUGGCGCAUUGUAAGUCCUUGAUUUUCGGUGAAGGUUUCGUUGAUGCUGUGGUGGAUGUGCACAAUGACAUACCAGCCGACAUUACGCUGUAUCAAUUCAAUGAUCAAGCAAAUGCGAAUGUGAUUGCAACUGCUCGUGAUAUGACAACACUGCUAGAGACGGUGGAGAAGCGUAAAGUAGCAGCGACAGCAGAGCGCGCCAAUCAUCAUGAUCGUCUUGUUUAUAUCUACACAUCUGGUACGACUGGUCUGCCUAAGGCGGCGGUGAUCUCACAUGCGCGCUACCUCUUCAUCGCGGCUGGCAUUAACUACACCAUGGGUUUCCGUCAAGACGAUGUCUUCUAUACACCGCUACCACUCUAUCACACCGCUGGUGGCAUUAUGAGUAUGGGCCAAUCGGUACUCUUUGGUUCCACCGUGGCGAUACGUAAGAAGUUCUCCGCCUCUGGUUACUUUGCUGAUUGCGUCAAAUUUCAGGCAACCGUUGGUCAAUAUAUCGGCGAGAUGGCACGCUAUAUACUCGCAACACCCUCAUCUCCCAAUGAUCGCGCCCAUCAAGUGCGUCUCAUCUUCGGUAAUGGCUUGCGUCCGCAAAUUUGGCCACAAUUCGUCGAACGUUUCAAUAUAUCCAAAGUGGGUGAAUUCUAUGGCGCUACGGAGGGCAAUGCAAAUAUUAUGAAUAAUGACAGCACAGUCGGUGCGAUCGGUUUCGUCUCACGUAUACUCCCAAAAGUUUAUCCCAUUUCAAUUCUACGCGCUGAUCCCGAUAGUGGUGAGCCAAUACGUGGUCCCGAUGGUCUCUGUCAACUGUGUGAGCCCAACGAACCGGGUGUGUUUAUUGGUAAAAUUGUUAAGGGUAAUUCGGCGCGUGAAUUUCUCGGUUAUGUGGAUGAGAAGGCAUCGGCAAAGAAAAUUGUACAUGACGUAUUUCACAAAGGAGAUAUGGCCUUCUUGUCGGGUGAUCUUUUGGUUGCCGAUGAGCGCGGUUAUUUGUUCUUUAAAGAUCGUACAGGCGAUACGUUCCGUUGGAAGGGGGAGAAUGUGUCGACCAGCGAGGUGGAGGCGCAGGUUAGCAAUGUGGCAGGCUAUAAGGAUACCGUUGUUUAUGGCGUGAACAUACCACAUACGGAGGGACGCGCCGGUAUGGCUGCCAUUUACGAUCCCAACAAUGAGGUUGAUUUGGAGCUGUUUGCCGAGAAAUUGUCGAAAGUUUUACCUGCCUAUGCGCGUCCACAAUUUUUACGUUUCCUCACCAAAAUCGAUAUGACUGGCACAUUUAAGUUGCGUAAAGUAGAUUUGCAAAAGGAGGGUUUCGAUCCGCUAAAAAUAAAGGAUACCAUAUACUAUCAGACGCCGAAGGGACGCUAUGAAGUGCUCACGUCAGAGAUUUAUGAAAGGAUCAAUCGUCAUGAGUUGCGUUUUUAAGCGCACGUAAGCAUUGUUAACGUCUCGCCUCUUUUGUGAGGUUAUGUUUGCCUGUUUUUUAGAGUUUAAGUAUUUUCUAUUGAUAUUGAAAAAAAAAAAAAUGUUAUUACGUUAGUUUUUUAGUACACACUUUGUUCGUACAAAGUUUGCCAACUAAAGAUCAUUUAAAUUCUUUUUUAUUCCUACGUAUAUUCAUAUGUAAAAAUUGUUAUCUUGCUGUUAGAAAUAGUUUACGUUAUGUAGUAUAACAUUUGUAAAUAUAAAUUGUUUACACUAGAGUUUCGACAAAUUUCUAUCGAUUAAACGAUAACUGUUUGACAAGAAACUAUUACAACUUAAGUGUAUUAUGGUUACGUCUUUUCGAUCUAGCUGAAUUCAUUUAAAAUAUAAGACGGUUGAGGUUUACGUACCUAAAGCUGUUAAAGACUUUACAUACAUAUAAAUAUAUUUUUAAUACGCACAAAACGAUUUGGAAAAUAAAAUGAGAUUAAAAUUCUA